AUGAUAAGGAGACUAGUGAUACUACAUUUUCUAUUUUUACCUUAUUUUGUUGCACUUGAGGAAAGUUCAGUCUAUGAAUACAAUGCAAAUAAUUUCAAAAUUCAAAUAGAAGAAAUGGAUGGAAAUUUUAUAAUGUUUUAUGCACCUUGGUGCCGGCACUGCACAGAGUUCCAUCCAAUCUGGGCAGAACUAGCAGAGCUUGUCAAUACUAAAGAUUCAAAAUUUGCUAUUGCCCAGGUGGACUGUACAAUACAUUUUAAAUUAUGCAACGAAAACGACAUAACAGGAUAUCCAACGUUACUAUACUACCAUAAAAACACUUUUUCUCCAGUAGAAUAUAAGGGUACUAGGGAUUUGCCAUCCCUCACAUUAUUUUUAAGUGAAGUAUUUACUAUGAAAUCAGAGGGUUUGGAUCAAGAAAAAGAAUCCAGAGAAGUAAAAACAUACAGUGGAAUGGCUUACUUAAAUGAUCAAAAUAUUGAGAAGUUUGUGUCAAGAGGACAACACUUUAUUAUGUUCUAUGCACCAUGGUGUAAGGCAUCACAGAAAUUGGCACCAAUUUGGGCUGACCUAGCAGUGCUAUAUGCAAAUAAUGAGUACAUCCAGAUAGGAAAAGUGAACUGCAUGGACAAUGAGAUGACUUGCAAGACAUUUGACAUCAAACAAUAUCCUUACUUAAUGUGGAUUGUCAAUGGCAGAAUUAUGGGAGUGGCUGAAGCAGAAACAAUAGAUGACCUAAAAGGAUAUGUAGAAAAAAUGUUGCUCACUGAAAAUCAUGAUCCUGAAAAGUUCUUAAAGAAAAAGAAAGCUCUACCAGUUGCUAGGAUUUCAGAAGAAACAUUUGAGACAUUCUUAGAGAAGGAAUUAGUAUUUAUAAAUUACUUUGCACCAUGGUGUGCACACUGUAUGCAGCUAAGCCCACUGUGGUUGAAAUUGGGUGAGAGGUUUCAAAACGAAACACGCGUUAUAAUUGCAGAUGUCGAUUGCGUGCAAUCAAAACCCAUUUGUGAAACUGAGAAGAUCAGUGGCCUCCCCACUCUAAUCCUGUACAAGGAAAAGAAGAUUGUGAAUGUAGAACAUGGAGGACGCUCCCUCGAAAGCUUAAUAACUCUAGUCAAUGAACACCUUCAAGGUACCAACACGAGCACAGAGCAGGGAACAACAAACGAUGAGGACAUCACGAAAACCAAAGACGAAUUAUAA